AUGAUAAAAUUCCUUAUCGUCGACAAUCCGUCUCCCUAUAACAUCAUCCUAGGGAGGCCAGCAACCCAUACAUUCAAGUCAGUGUCUUCACCCUACCAGCAAAAGUGGAAAUUCCCCACUCCUUAUGGAAUGGGGGAGGUACUUGGAGAUAGACGUCUCGCUCGAGAGUGCUAUGCGAGAGCCCUACAAGAACCAUCCAAGAAGCACAAACCGUCCGGAAGGGGAGAUGACACCCAAAAACCCGACAAACGGAAAUGGGUCAACGCAAUCAUCGAGGACGAUAGAGAAAUCCUCAUCAGCGUACCAGACGAUGGCAUUAAGCUAGCGGCCGUCGAAGAGCUUGAGCUCAUAGAGCUCACAUCUGGAGAUGGUUCCAAGCUCCUAAGCAUCGGAUCCAAUCUAGAUCCAGAGAUGGAACAACAACUAAUCAACUUCCUACAGCACAAUGGAGACGUGCUCGCUUGGAAGGCCCAAAACUUGUCGGGCAUUCCCCCUCAGAAGGCUCUACAUCGGCUCAACGCCGACAAAAGAAUCGACCAACUCAUCGAUUCGACCUUGGGAUGUGAGCUCCUCAACUUCCUUGACGCGUAUCAAGGAUACAAUCAAAUCUUGCUCGUCCCAGAAGAUCAAGAGAGGGCCAGCUUCGUCACAGAUCAAGGCAUCUACUGCUACCAAGUCAUGCCUUUCGGACUAAAAAAUGCGGGGGCUACUUACCAACGUCUUGUGACUGCAAUGUUCGCAAACCAAAUCGGCAAGAAUAUGGAGGUGUACAUCGACCACAUGCUCGUCAAAAGUGUCAAGGUCUCAGACCACUUAGCCGAUUUAGAUCAGUGGUUCGCCAUCCUGCGAAAAUACAAGAUGAAACUCAACCCCCUCAAAUGUUCGUUCGGAGUUCGGGGAGCUUGUCAAAAAGCUUUCGUCGAGCUGAAGUCAUAUCUUGCGUCUCCACCAUUGCUUACGAAACCUCAGCCCGGAGACACCCUCCUCCUAUACUUAGCGACUUCAGUUGAUGCCAUCAGCGCAGUCCUCAUCCGAAAUGGAGAAAAAGGCCACCAGCCUAUAUACUACAUAAGUCGCGCCCUCCAAGGAGUCGAACAAUGCUAUACCAACAUGGAGAAACUCGCCCUCACCCUCAUCAACGCGGCUCGAAAACUCCGACCCUACUUCCGAUCACAUCAAGUGGUGGUUCUCACCAAUUACCCCCUGAAGCAGAUAUUAAGGAGUCCCGAGACAUCCAGGCAGUUAGCCAAAUUGGUAAUAGAGCUGAGUGAAUACGGGGUAGAAUUCAAGAACCGCCCCGCCAUCAAGGCGCAAGUAUUGGCCGACUUUUUAGUAGAAAUGAACUCAGUAGAAGAGAGAAACUCCCUCCCCGCUUGGUCCGUUAACGUUGAUGGAUCUUCCACAGCCACAGGAGGUGGCACGGGUAUCGUAUUAACGAACCCCAACGGAGAUGAAUUCGAAUAUGCUCAACGAUUCGAAUUCACAGCCUCUAACAAUGUGGCUGAAUAUGAAGCCUUGAUUGCUGGAAUUCUCCUCGCCCUAGCAGCUGGAGCGCGUAAGCUCCUAGUACAAAGCGACUCUCACCUCGUCGUUAACCAAGUACUCGAAACCUACGAGGCCAAAGAUUACUCCAUGGCCAAAUACUUAGCUCUGACGCACACUCUAUUAUCUAAGUUCGAGAGCUACGGAAUAAAACAAGUGCCUCGCUCCAGUAACAUCCAUGGGGACAAAUUAGCUAGGCUUGGAAGCUCCAUGGCAAGCAUUGGGAGUUGGAAAGGUACUCUCAUCACCUCGCCUCAACCGGAGAUAACUUCAACCGAUGAAGUGCAUUACAAUGACGAGGACGAACCGUGUUGGUUCACUCCAAUCAUAAAGUAUCUCAAGGAGGGAGAACUUUCAAGUGACAUCACCGAAGCACGGAAGUUAAAUACAAGAGCCGCUCGCUUUGUAAUAGUGGGAAAAUAA